GCUGUAGUUGAAACUGAGGAGUGAGACAGCCGUUCUGCUGAGGUGGGCUUUCACCUCACAUAGCAUAUGUGCGUAGGAAAUGUUAAUAUCAACAGAGCUGCUCUUGACAGGCGCUCUUUAACCUACAGACCCAGGUUGGGACAGUAAAUACCUUUUUUUUGUUGUUUUUGUUUUUUGUUGCACUUCGUGUGAAGUUCAUACCGGGAUAGCAAGGUGUCGCGAUCGAAGCAGCUGGAGUCCUAGAAAAGAGGCGAGGGUUUCUCCUUGAGCCGCUUCUCUGUCGGUUGUCUCGGGACGAGGACCGCUGUCAUGUUUCAUUAGCAGACGUUCUCUGUGUGUCUCGGUCAGAUAUGAGAGAAUAGGCUUAUGCUACACUUCAUCCUCCCCGCUGGAUAUCUAUGGAGAGGGGUAUGCUGUAUGCUCUCACGCACUUGGGAGGUACUUGCGGCCGAGAGACAACUCCGUGAAUGUUAAAUUCACCGACCUGGAUAGCGGAACACGACUGAUUUAACCUCAUUUGAAUGCCUUUGCAAGGAGUUUGCUGGUUUCUGUGCUGCAGGCAGGGCUUCAGUUUGCUCCGACGGGACUAUGGGGAGAAAGAGGAGGAAGAGUCUUUUGAAUUGCGCAACAAGGAGGACUUGACUCCCAAUGGACGGACUCCAGCUGAGGUGAUUGUUUCUCAACCAACUUGCACAGCCAAUGGGACAAACGGGCACACUGUCUCACAGUCGCCUGACGAGAUGAAGAGCCUGAUCAUUGAGAAGAAUAAGAUGGGCUUGGAGGAAGACCCUGAACUGUUGGUGAAAGGUUGGCUGUUACGGGAGGUGAGAGGCAACUGGAUCAAGCAGCGUCGGUACUGGUUCGUGCUGAGCCAAGACUCCCUUGAUUACUACACUGGACCAGAGAAAGGUGCCCGAAGACUGGGCACGCUGGUUCUCACCAACCUCUGCUCUGUCAUCUGGCCAGACAAGCAGACGUACAAAGAGACAGGUUACUGGAGCAUUACAGUUUAUGGGCGGAAACACUGCUACAGGCUGUACACCAAGCACUUCAAUGAGGCCGUGCACUGGGCUUGUGCCAUCCAGAAAAUCAUUGAUACCAAAUCACCUGUGGAAACGCCAACUCAGCUCCUGAUACGGGACAUCGAGGAGAAUAAGUUCAACCCUGAGGUAGUGGAACAUAUCUACCAGCACAACCCUAUCCUGAAGUACACCCAGGGCCCCUUGUAUGCUCCUCUGCUGCCAUUCCCCUACGGCAGUCUGGAGCACACAUACCACAGCGGGAAAGGCUACGGCUCGGUGCGCGAGGAGGCCGUGAAGCUCUUCAACUGCCUGCAGCAGCUGGAGUCGGCGCGGGAGCCGGUUCCCAUCAUCCAGGGCGUGCUGCAGACCUGCCUGGACCUGCGCCCCCUCCGCGACGAGAUCUACUGCCAGCUGGUGAAGCAGACCAGCUACACGCCUUCCCCUUACACCGCUGCGCACCUCCGUUACUGGCAGCUCCUCACCUGCAUGAGCUGCACCUUCCUGCCCGGGCCCACCGUGCUGAAGUACCUACGAUUCCACCUAAAGAGAAUCCAGAGCCAAAGUCCCGAAUCUGAGAUGGAUAACUAUGCGUCAUUUAUUAGCGAGGCUCUGGAGAAGACCAAAUGUCGGGAGUGUGUGCCAUCCUGGGAGGAGAUCCAGAUGCUGAUGAGCCGGCAGGAGAUGCUGUGCACUGUGCACUAUCCUGGCCCCGGGUCCUGCCAGCUCUACAUCAGCUCGCACACCACUGCCAAUGAGGUGGUUCGAAGGAUGCAGGAGAAGCUCGGUCUGCAAGAGAGCAAGAACACGUUUGCACUGUACGAGCAGAGCGCACUGUGGGAGCAGCCGGUGGCGGGGGCCGCUCUGGUCGCAGACAUCCUCACCAGCUUCACCACCAAAGAGUCCGAGUCUAAAUCCCAGUGGAAACUGUCUUUCAAGCUCUACUGCCUGCUGGAUGCUGACAGCAUAUCGGUGGAUAGCAUAGAGUACUCCUUCCUUUUUGAGCAGUGCCAUGAGAUGGUGGUGCGCGGUCAGCUGCCGGCCUGUGAGGAGGACCUGCAGGCGUUGGCUGCCCUGAGGCUCCAGUGCCUGAUGGGCGACUUCAGCACGCACGCCCCUUACCCGCCCCUGGACGAGCUCUUCCCGGGCCACGUCCUCGAGACCCGGAUCCUCAUGUCCCUCGCCGCGCCGCAGCCCGUGCCCCCGUGCCAGGUGGCGGCCCAGGGCUGCCCCGCGACGCAGCGCUUCCCCACGGGCCUCCUGGCGGGGACGCUGUGGAGCCACACAGCCACGGCGGUGCACAAGCAGAAGGUGGAGCAGGACAUGCGCCUGCGGAGCCGGCUGAAGGAGGAGGCGGCGGCCGUCAUGGGAUCCAUCUUGGACCGGUGGAAAGGCCUGGCGGGCUACAGCCGCAGGGACAGUAUGGCCGCCUACCUCACAAUUGCACGCCAGUGGUCAGGCUUUGGAUGCACUCUUUAUGAAGUGGACUUUUAUAUUAGUUCGACGGGGAGCUUUUCCCAGAAGCUGUGGCUGGGUGUAGCUGCUACAUCCGUGUCUCUGUAUAAGCAGGGAGAAUCGGAGGCCCUCGAGUCCUUCCCGUACGGCCAGAUUUGCUCUUACGGCGUGUCUGACAGCAACACCUUCAAGAUCACUGCUGGGGACCGAGAUCUGCUGUUUGAAACCACCAAGCUGACUGAGAUCAUGCAGCUGAUGAAUGCGUAUUUCAGUGCCAUCCAUCGCCAGCGAGGGAAAGUGGAAAACGCGGACCUCACCAUCACGGAGGGCACGGAGGUGGGCUUCCAUCACUUGGUCCCGACGCAGACGCCCACACUCCUGGAGCUGCCCUCGCACCCCGUUUGAGACGGACCCUUCGCCCCGGAGCACCCGACCCCCCCAACCGUCCUCGACCGUCCUCCACCACGUGGCCCCCUAUGAGGCCUGGUCUCAGUCCUCAGGACCCCAGCGCCUUCUCCUCCCCCUCCUCCUCCUCCUCCUCCUCCUCCUGGGAAUGGCAGAGCAGCCAAAACAAAGAGAGGGCUGUUUUCACUCCCCAUCCAUGAAAAUAAACCCUCGCUGAGCUUUCCAGCUGAAGGAGCCGGCCAAUGAAGGAGGGAGGCGGCGGGGAGUGGAUGGGAAGGCAAGGGGUUCUGUUUUGCGAGGGAGGCCAGAAACCCCACAGAAACCAAUGCGGUUGCUGAUGAGGUGUCAUACCCCCCCCCCCACCCCAACCCACCCACCCGAUCUUGUCACACAACCGUCUAUGCUACUCUAAAUGGCAAUAACUCACCCCCCCUCCUCCCUAACUUAACCUCACCUCCUCGACAAUGUGAGAUGUUGGCGUGAGCCUUACUACAUCAGGGAGAGACGGCGUCACUUGAGUCAAAAACUAUGGCCACAAUAAGCUGUGCUACCCCUCAUACCGGUAUGGUUUAGAGUGAAAACACUACCCCCCCACCUCACCCCCUCCUUCUUUCCUCCCCCCUUGACGUGUGCCAUAUUUCUAUCGGCCUUUCCUAGAAGGCAGUCGUCCCUCCUGCACUGCUGGAAUAGUGUUGAGAAUGUUCAGCGACACAUUCAGGGUCUUUGCACGGCCUCUCCCCCCCAUCCCCCCUCCCCCACCACUCUCACGUGCCCUAAUGCUGACAUGUUCAUCAGAGACAGUCAGUUUUCAUAAGGUCCCGGCUGGGCUUGCAUUACCUGGAACUGUUGAUGCAGUGAGCCAUGUGAACUUGGAACUGGAAACAGAUGUUGAACUCUGUAGCAAAGUCACUCUGGCUGCCACAGCCACCCAAAGCCUCUUACCUAUGGGAUUAUCAGUUUUGUGUGUGUGUGUGCGCGCGUGUGCGUGUGUGCAAGCAUGUGUCUGUUUGAUCAAGAAAACUCCUCGAAGAUCUGGGUAAGCUGUGUUUCUCAGAAACCAAAGGAGCUCGGAGCCGUCUGCAUCGUCUCCACCGAGACGCUCCGGUCCGUCCUUUGUCGCGCUGCUCGUCUCGGCCGUGACCCUUGACAAGAAAAGGUGGUCAACACUUGACUGGAUAUUUUGUGCUUACGUUCGUUGGCAACCUAACGCAGCUUUAUUCUGGUGAAAAUAACAGGUGCUUCUUUGUUAUUUUUUCAGUAUAUAAUGGAAGAAAUUCACCGUAGCCCCAGUCAGAGGUGUGGAUGAUGUAUGGACUGACUCCACGUUUACCAUGCAGUGCCCAAUCUGUCCCUUGCUAUUUAAACUUUUCUAAUUAGACUCAGAUGCUUUUGUAGUAUUAUUUAUGCAAACUUUUUUUUUUUUUUUUUUACUGUCCUUUAUGUCUUAAUUGCAGACCCAGGUGUAUUUUGAUGUUAGGUUUGCUUUAACCAGUCAGACGCUUUUCACCCCUUAGAGCAGCUCAUACUGUAUGUGUCAAUCCUGUGUAGCUCCCUCUUCAUGUUUGCUACUUGAGUACUUGUGUGAAGCCAAAGUUUAGCCAAGUCAUGGGUUUGAGCAAGGACCAAAGAUGUUCUUUUUCCUUUAUUUUUUUCUAGUUUUACAGGAAACCAUACCAACGCAGACAGAUCAGCUAAUUUGUAUUCAACCUGUUUCACUGUUCUUCAAACAUCCUUUUCUAAACGCCGCACGACUUAUUUUAGCGUAGUAACAACCGUGUAGGGAUUUGAGACCGUAGUCGCUUUUUGAAGAUUAAACUACAGCCCCAUGCAAUAACCAGCCUCAAAACUUAAAAUUGUCUCACCGUGAAAUGCCUUCGAAAUGCUGUUGCACAGUCGACCCCGUCUCCUGCUCAGAAGCAGGUCUUUUCUGUUUUGUUUUUUUUUCUACUGCAGCUGCAGGCAGCUCCAAGCUACAUUGAGAGAAAAAAAAAUAAAAAAAAAACAAAAAAAAAAACUGCGGACAUUUUUGCUUUGUAUUAAGCUUGUUUGUAUGCUGCAUGGUACCUUUGUAUGUAAUAUGUGUAUAGUUAAUUGCACUAUUGUUUGUUUUCAACUAACUUGGGAGUGCAAUAAAAACUAUAAAUACUGUAUGUAAUUAAUAAAAAAAAGCACCAUUUUAUGA